CAACAAGUUAUUUGUAACGCAAUUUUUAUAUUGCGUCUUAAAAAGGUCACUUUGAUCCCAGUUUAAAACUUGAAGUAUUUAAUAACUUUAAAAUAAAAAAAAAACAUACCUUUACAUAUCUAAACUUUAGCAUCUUGUACACCUUUCAUUGAAGAAGAACCACGACAAAGUGAAAAACUAUCAACGCUCUAAUUUAGUCACAAGACUAUUGGAAACUAAUUCCACUGGAAGCCUAUUCCCCAAAAAAUAGUUAAUGCGCAAUAGCAAACCGUUAUACCCGCGUAUACCCUGUAGUGAGUAACUUAAGCAGGCGAUGUUCACCUACAUAUGUAUGUUUGUAUGUACAUAAACCAAACAGAUAACAUAAACACACUGCGCAUAGAAAGGAAGAGGAGGAGAAGGAGAAGGAAUAGGCUUAAAGUUUCCGGCCCUAAAGUUAACUGAAGACCAAACAUCAAGUGCUGUUAUCAAGUGACCACUGUACUUGCAUUUAUCUACAUAUCUGGGUUGCCUUUGUUACACUUUUCGCGAUUCAAAUGGCCGACGUGCGAAACCGUACUCGUCAAAUAUCAUUGUGCCGCAAUCAACAAACAUUCAUCAAAUUUUUGACACACAAAUGUCGGCACUGCUACACGAUGAAACUGGUGGGCGUUAAAUCCUGGGACACGCCCAAUUACGGCCUGAAGAUCAGCAUGUUCGACAAGAACAACUCGAUGUCCUCGGUGACCACUGUGCGCCAGGAUGUGGCCAUUCCACUGUGGCAUCUCGUCCUUUUGCAACAUCCGCGCAAGCGGAGCUCCGCAUCGGCCGCCUCUCGAGCGGAAUUGCCGCGAACCCUCUACAAUUCGACGACGAAAACCUGUGACUUCUGGCGCUACAUUCGCCACGUGUCCGCCUGGAAUAAUGUGGCCAAGCUGAUGCUCUCGACGGGGGCCAGCAACAUGAGCCUCGCCUGCCCCCUGAAACAGGGCGUAUACGUGAUGAACCGCAUCCAGGUGCCGCCAGAAACGGCGAUCCUAAAGUUCAUGUACCACCCGAACACCAUGUACACCCUGGAGGGCACUGUCUACGCCCUGAACCCCAAGGACAAGGUCACCAAGAGGGCCCUGUGCUACUACGAGGUCAAUGCCACUAUCUAUAAGUCUUGCUAGGGAUCUCUUGAAAAAGAUUACUACGAUUUUUUUUGUUUUUUUUUUAAUUGGUUUUUAAUUGGUGGUAUAUACCAUAUAUAAUGACAUUCCAGAAAAAUCUUAUUAUAUAAAAGCAAAGGC